UGGGAAGAUAUCCUAUAAAAUGUGAACUUGUUUUUAGUUUAUAAAAAACUUAGCUUAUUUUGAGCUAAUCUCACAAAGAUUGGCUUAUUUUUGACAAAUUUUCUUACUCAUUUCAAAUAUAAAUAGCAAAUGUUGUACAGAGUCUAGAGCCGCUAAUAAUGAGAACAAAUAAAAGCUGACAAACGAAUUCCUAGCUCAACCACUCUCUAACUAAGGCUUCAUCUGCGGCUCUACUAGCCGAAUUAGGUAAAAGGCAAAUGAAACAGGUAACCUAACUUAAAAGACUUAAGAACAACUCCUUUACAACAAUUAAUCAUAAAUAUACUUACAAAGAAGUCAACCAGCAUACUCAAACUAACUUGUGUAUCUUGCUUUACGUUUUUGGUUUACAAAUUAAGGACGGAAUUUAUCAGUAUAUUUCCUUAAGUUUCGGUAUGCCUUCAGAUCGGAUACCGAUGAACCCGAGAAUCUAUCCAACUUCCAUUGUCAUAGACCAGGCAACAAAACCUACAGUACCUUUAGUUCCAAGAAACAGCUCAAUUUCAUCAGAUAAAGGGCACACAAUGGGCAACAAUCCACCCCCUUAUCCACAGUCAUUACCGCCUUUUCGUUCUCUUGCUAGACAGCCAAAGGGCCGAAGCUGCUGUUGCAGACUUAUCUGUUGCAUAUUUUCUUUACUGGUUACCUUCUUACUUCUUGUUGGGAUUCUAGCCCUCGUUUUCUUCUUGGUUUUUCACCCUAAAGUUCCUAGCUACUCGGUUGACAGGCUAAGAAUAACCGACUUCAGGCUCAACUUGGACCUUAGCCUAUAUGCUAGGUUCAACGUGAGGGUAACAGCAAAGAACCCGAAUAAAAAGAUUGGAAUAUACUAUGAAAAAGGAGGUAAAAUGAGUGUUUGGUACAAGAAAACUAACCUGUGUCAAGGGUCUUUUCCAGCGUUUUAUCAGAGUCCGCUUAAUACAACAGCAACUGAUGUCUCACUUUCGGGGCAAAACCAGUAUGGGAACACGUUAAUGCAAGCGUUGCAGCAGCAACAGCAGAUGGGAAACAUUCCUUUGGAGCUGAAAGUGGAUCAACCUGUUUCGAUUAAAGUCCAGAGUAUGAAGCUUGGGAAAGUGAUGUUUUUGGUUAACUGCCAAUUGACAGUGGAUAGCUUGAGCUCCAAUAAUGCCAUUAGUAUUAAAGCUAGCAACUGCAAAAUCAGGGUGAAACUUUGAAUCGAUUCAUUUUCCUAGAUUUAAGCAACUAAGAAAUAAUGAAUUAAUCUAGCAAUAUCUUCAAUUAUUUGUCAUUUUUGUUCAUGUAUAUCUCAGCUUUAUUUUCUUUCUUUUGUUUUUUUUUUUUCCUUCCCAAAUUAAAUUCUCUUGAUUUGUAUUUGUAUACUAUAAAAGCUUUUUCUGAACUUAGUAUACUCGUGUCUUUUGUUUA